AUUUCUUUAUCUAUUGAAAAAUGUUAAACUGUACUGUAAUAAUAAAUGCAUUCCUGUAUGUAAUUGUGCUUGUAAAAUAACUGUUAUUUCUUGAUGGUUACAGUUUUAGGUCAAAUAACUCUAUUCUAAACAGUACAUCCAAGUGCAAUCUACCAUAAGUUCAAAGCAAAAUUUCGUAGUGAAACAUGGUGUUUUUAACAGGUAAAUAUUAGAAGAUGGAUCAACAAUUUUGUCUGAGAUGGAACAACCAUCCCACAAACUUGACAGACGUUCUAAGCAGUCUUUUGAGAAGAGAAGCACUCUGCGAUGUUACAUUAGCCUGCGAUGGAGAAACCUUCAAAGCCCACCAAACCAUCCUCUCAGCAUGUAGUCCAUAUUUUGAAACAAUUUUUAUACAAAAUGCUCAUCCUCAUCCUAUAGUUUUCCUCAAAGACGUCAAUUACAACGAAAUGAAAGCACUCUUAGAUUUUAUGUAUAAGGGCGAAGUGAACGUGUCCCAAAAUUUGCUACCGAUGUUCCUAAAAACGGCCGAGGCCUUGCAAAUAAGGGGCCUCACCGACAACAAUUCUUUAAGUAAAAACGAUGAUUUAUCUGAAGUGCCAAGAAGAGACAGGGACAGGUUAGGUGAAAGAGACAGCCCUCCAAGUGAGAAAAGGAAAAGAAAAUCAUCUUCAAACUGUGAUACAACAUCAAACUUAAACUCUGAAAGGUUUAACGACACUCAGGCAUCUCAAAGGUCAAAUACAAAUGUACCAAAGUUAAAUCCCAUAUCGCCGGUCGAUAGGGAUACGAGUUCAGGUCCUGAGGAUAUGAGAAUAUCCUCGCCUUUGAUCAAGCAAGAACCGCCGCACGAGUCCAGUCCGCUCAUCGACUCCUUUCAUUCUAUGUCAGAAGCUCUACAGACGGGUGGAAGUGUUAGCGUACACCAAGACGAUGUGAAAUUGCUGGGACAUCAGCUGCAUGAUCUACCAGACAACGAAACACCUCCAAUCCCUCCUCCUGAAAUCACGGAUACAAUAGACGAUAUCAAGUGCUACAAGGUGUCGCAACUGUUCGAGAGGGUAGGUUCGAUGGACGAACGAAGGAGGUGCGUGCUGUGCGGCAAAAUCGUUAGCAAUACGCGCAACCACUAUUACGUGCAUUUUCCGGGCCAGUACUCGUGCACGCAUUGUCCUGCCGUGUACACUCGGAGCGAUACUCUUUUGUUGCACAUGCGGACGAAGCAUCCUGCCGUUGCUUAGCUAAUGCUGCAUUGUUAGGUUAGGAAAUUUUCCAAGUAUAAAUAUUAAAUCCGUUUACUCAGGCGAAAUCAUUAGAUAUUUACUGUUACAGAUGGCACUAGAGAGAUCAUUAAUAAAUAAAUUGAAUAGUGACGGGCCCAAGUGAGGUCCCUGUGGUACACGUGAUGAAACUAUAAUUGCUUCCGAUUCGCAGUUGAUAUAUUUAAUUCUGUUUCGCAAAUAACUAUCAAUCCAAUUUAGUAUAAUAUCUUUAAACCCAUAUCCCUUUAAUUCAACAAUUAGUGCCAUGGUGGACGCUGUUAAAUACUUUUAAAAACUCAGUACAAACAGAGUCAACCUGACACCUCGAUUCUAGGAAUUAUGCGAUGAAAUAAUUGGAAUUAAGUAAAUUUGUACAAGUAGACAUACCUUGACAAAACCUAUGUUGCUGGUCUGGAAUUUUAAAUACUCAUAAUUCAACAUAUUAGGAAUUUCAGAUGUACAUAUAUUUAUAUGUACUGCACGGUAAUUGUCGACUUUUUCUUUUGGUCCAAAUUUGUAGAUAGGUCUUGAAAAACUGCUCUUCCAAUAAUCGGGAAAUUCAUCACAAGAAAGAGAUAAAUUAAAAGGAAACAACAUAUAUUUAUUAUUAUCAUUUACCACUUACUUGAAAAUACGAAUAAAAUACCUUAUUUUACAGGUUUACUUUAAGGUAUUGAAAAUAAAAACCUAAAGGAACCAUUUUUCAAGUUGAUUGCAUUCUCAAUUUUCUCCACUAUCUUUUGGAGUUUAUCAUCGCUAGGAUUAAAGCAUUAUCUUGAAUAUAAUUACACUACUGUAGCUAAAUAGAAUUCUCUGAAUUUUUUUUUACCAAACAUUUUAUAUUAUAUUUAUUAGAUCUUAAACCUAUGCACGCAUCACUGUUUAGUAAUUUUUGAAAAAUAUACGAGGUAAACGUAUAAACAAAGCCAAUAAAAUUUCGAUAAGUUUAUCAGGAUUUGUUGGACUUUCUUUCUUAAUGAUUUGAAGUUUUUUUAAGUUAAACGUAAAAUAGGUUUACUUUAAGGUAGUUUACUCGUAAAACGGCUUUCCUUAAGAAUUCAAUAACAUGGAAAUAAUAAGGAUAAUGAAAGUAUCUUUUACGUAACUAAAAGAAAAAAAUGAAAUUUUUACCGCUUGUGAAACGAGAUAUUAACAACCAAAAUGUGCAUAAUUAACACUCCUCUUAAAGUCUGUCAUGUACACAAGCAAUGCAUUUAUUUCAAGAUAUCUCGAAAACGGUUCUUACCAUAUUUUUUAAAAACUAAUGUAAAAAAAACGCUGAAUUUUUGACCGUCUUGGUAAAAAUAUAUAGAUUUUUAAAUUAUUUUUUUUUUAAGCAGUCGACGCGUUGUUGCCUAAAAUGAUUACAACUUGGCAACAUUGUAAUGGCUACACUUAACUCGCGGUAAGUGAAUAACACUCGAUCAGCUAUGAGGUUGUUAUAACUUCUCGACGUGUUCUUGAAAAAUUAAUUCGUCCACUGUAUUUGAGAACUGGAAUCAGCGGUUCUGUUUGAAUCAAAACAAACCCUUAAAAUUAGUAUGAGGAAGUCACAAAUUUCUAUAGCCCACCAUUCAUAUAUUUGCGACGUUGUCGGAUGGAUUUUAUUUGAAAUUAAUUAUAACGUAUCCGUAUAUACGAGGGUGGAUCAAAAAGUACCCGUGUUAGAAAGGAAGAGGCAAGUUUUUCAAGAAAAUUUAUUUCCUUUUAGUGCUAUACACUUUUCCCAACAUUUCUGCCAUUUAUUUAACCCCUCCAAAAAAAUAUGAUUUCUCGAACUCCGCAAAAUACGCUUCAGUCUCGACGAUAACCUUCUGUUAGAGCUGAAUUUUUUCCCCCCGAGCCACGUUUUCAUGUUGGGGAAUAGAAAAAAGUCGCAUGGAGCCAAGUUGGGCGAGUACGGUGGGUGCGGCAGCAAUUCGUACUGCAGUUCUUGCAAUUUGUCCGCGACAAUUCUCGAUGAAUGUGCUGGUGCAUUAUCGUGGUGAAACAGGACUUUUUUCUUAGCCAAAUAAGGCCGUGUCUCCUUCAAUUUUGCAUCGAAUCGGUCCAAUAAUUCACUAUAGUAUUGCCCUGUGAUCUUACUUCCUUUCUGCAAAAAGUCGAUGAGGAUUAUUCCCUUGGAAUCCCAAAAAAUCGUGGCCAUGAUCUUUCCGGUCGAUGGGACCGUCUUUGCUUUCUUCGCAGAUUCACCCCGAAAAAUCCAUUGCUUCGACUGUCGUUUGGUCUCUGGCGUAUAAUAGUGUAUCCAGGUUUCAUCAACGGUGACGACUCGACGCAAAAACUCCUGCGAAUUUCGAUUAAAGAGCUCCAAACACUUCGACGUUGACAGCCGUAUCCGCUUGUUGUCCACCGUAAGCAAUCGUGGCACCCAUCGGGCCGAUACCUUUCUCAUGUUUAACUUUGCAUGCAAAAUAUUAAUUACCGUUCCGUAUGAUACGCCUACGACCUCUGCUACUUCUCGCACUUUCGUUCGGCGAUCUACGACAAUCAUGUAUUGGACCUUUUUAACGAUUUCCUCGGUAACAACGUCUGCCGGGCGACCUGGUCGCUCCUCAUCAAAAACAGAUGUACGACCACGUUUAAAUUCGUUGAACCAAUAUCUUACGGUUGUCAUAGAUGGUGAAGGGUCCCCAUAGAGAGAAUCCAACUUUGCUUUUAUUUUAUCGCAUGUUUUUCCAUCCAAAAAUAAAAAGCAAAUUACGGAUCGAUAUUGUUCUUUUUCCAUUUUAUCGAUUAAUGCGAAACACGUAUGGUACAAGUGGCUGCCAAAUAAAAACCAACCUAUGAGUCAGUUUGAAAUUUAGUAUGGUGUGUGACAGAUGACAGUACACGACAGUAAUGCCAACUUCCCUCAGCAACGCCACCUGCCUUUAAACACGAGUACUUAUUGAUCCACCCUCGUAUAAGCUUACAUGUGUUGUGUACAGUUGCUUACAAAAAUAAAAAUUGAGAAUCUUGAACUUUUGGUAUUCAUAAUUAGGCGAUAUUUUUAUAUACGACUGUCGCGAGUGAACUACCUUAAAGAAAAUUUAAAUCAUCCUAAAACUAAGUUUUAGAACACAAAAUUUUUCAACGUGCUGUAACCCAAAAAUCAAAAAUUGACAUGACACUACCUAAAUAUCUUAGUUUUUACUCAUACAUGUUGAUGUUCAAAUAGAUUUACCAAUAUAUAUAAACUGCAGUUACCAUUUUAAUGAUGACCACAAUUUAUAUUUCAAUAAUUGAAACUAAAGAUUUUUAUAAAACAUCGAAAUACCUAAUGUCAAUUAAUACAAUUUAUUUGUCUAAUGUCCCUAAAGAAACCCAAUUUGAAAUAUCCAUACUUUACAGUACUUCAAAAGAAGUAAAAAAAUAUUUAUACUUGGAAGAUAAACGUUAUUUCUUGCAAAAAACAUCGUAUACUUCAAGACUUGUUAAUUUUAUAUACUUAAACAUAUGUUUUAUCCAUAAAAAAUGACCGACUAGAAGUAUAAUAGUAUAAGAAACUAUGAACGAAAGCAUCAACAUAUUUAUUUAUAAAAAGUUAUUUUUCCCCCGUUACAUUUAAAAGUAAAAAUAAAAUAUGAAAAUAUCGAACAAUUUGUACAAAGUAACAAUCAUGUAUUCUUUGUUUAUUUGCCAAAGAGUAAUGAAACAAAAAAGAAGUAAUAAACAUUAAUCUAAUAAAAACCAGUACAAAUGUUUAAUGUGGUAAAUAUUAUUCAGUGAUAUGGUAACCUAAGGAUGAGACAUGCGAUAGACCGCAGCAGGAUCGGUCCGCCAUUUUGCUUUGCUACAUUUGUCAAAUUUGUAGGUUAUAUUUGUAGUGUCUAUUGUAAUUAUAUUUAAUUUUCAUUUAUCUCUGAAAGACUUUCGAGUGUUGAAAACUUUAUAAUUAAAAAAUCGACUGGAAUAACGUUCAAAAAUGAUAAAUAUUGUACAGGAUAGUAUUUUGUCCGAUUUGUAAGUAUUAUGUAAAAUGGUGCUUUUAAAAAUGCAAAAAAUAUCAUCGAUCAAAUGUUGGACCUAUCUAUACUUGAAUAAUACUUUUAUUAUUUACACAUUUUCUAAAAAUCCUGAAAAACGAAAUGCGUGGCUAUAGUUUGUCAACAGGGCUAACUGGGAACCUUCCAAAUAUAGCAUUGUUCCAAACAUGCCUUGUUCGAUUGAGGGAUAAUGCUAUUUCUACACUUGGUGGAUUUCAAUUUACAAUUAUUGACGAUGCGCUGAAAAGUUCCUAGCUUUACAUAUGAAUAAUCGUGUUAGCUAAUAUGAAAUAAAUUUUAUUUAACGUACUUCCUCCUCAAGCGCUAACACAUUUAGCACAACGCUUCUCCAGUUUUCUUAACGCCUCCAAAUAACUGUCGAGUUGGUUGCACCCAAAAAAAAGGAUCCGUUGCUGUGAUGACUUUCUCAUUAUAGACAACUUGGUACCUUACAGCUGUGGUAGUCCGAAGGGACUAGAAUUUAGUCAAUUUGAUGAGCUGUAUGGAUAGAUGCAUUGCCUUACAAAAACACCUGCUUUGUUAAUGCGUGGAAUGAGAACAGUUAAAACUUCUGCAUUAUUGUUUACACGAUUCUCAUUACUCGAUUAGCACCAAAGCCAGGAACUUUUCAGCAUAUCCUCGUGUAAUAAUAAAGUUCCCAAGUAUAAAUUAGUAUCGGACAAACCGCAUUAUGGGGAUGAUAAUGAUGAACUUAUAACUUCCAAAAAAAAAAAUUAUGUAGUAUGGAAAUUGAUUUGUCCUGUUUGUACACAAAUAUAAUGUCUUAUCCUUAUGUUGACAUAACACUGGUAAUAUUAGAGUGUAUUGGGUAACCUAAAAUGACAAAACAGAUUUGUAAUUUCCAUAGAGAUAGAAUGAAGUAGAAAUGACAUAAGCACUAUUUUGCAAUAUUAUGACAGAUAAACGCACUUCGAGUGAUGGGAAAUUGUAAUCAAAAUGGCGACUUAGAGUCGUACUUUGAUUUAUUUGAAGUCAAUAAUUUUAUAUUUGAGGAAUGAAAAUGCAUUUAUUCUCAUUAAAACUGACUACUUCAACUAGCUCGUGUUUGACAUAUGACGUAAAAGUGUAAUGCAAAGGUGCGUCAUAGCAUAUUCUCUUUAUUCUAUCUCAAUGGUAAUUUCAAACCCUCUAGAUAUGCUUAUAACCUCAAAUUAUAUCGAAUUUCAAAUUUGAAUAACUCGCAUAGCUAUGCCAAAUUAAAAUAUUUAAUACCACUGAAAAUACACCAAAUGUCCCUGUCAAAUUAUUAUAACCUGUGAUUCGACUGAUAUUAGUUACUGUGAAAUGCUCAGACGAACUUGAUUUUACAAACUGACAGUAAUGACGGUUCAUCAUAAAUAUGCUGUUCAGAUUUUUUUUAUUCAUUGGUGUGACUAUGAAAUACAAAUCAACAACACUAAUACUGUCAGAAGUUCUUCGUCGCUCAAAAAAAAAAAAAAAAUACUGUAGCGCGGUGGUUCCUAACCUUUUCGAGUCGCUACCCCAUUUUACAAUUUUGAAGUAACCUGCGAUCUCACCACAUUUGUAUAAAAAAUAUUUAAUAGAAUAAAAAUAAGUUUUUCAGAAUACGAGUAUAACCCUUACAUUUAUAUUGAAUUAAUAUUUAAUGCAACUGUUGUACUCGAAUUUGGGUGACCUAGCUUCACAAAAUUCAUUGCAGAAUGUUUGUUAAAGCCAACUUCAUGUCAUCCUCAACAACUAGUCUUUGUUUUAAUGUGAAGAAUCGUUAAAAAACCACUCCGAUUUUUCUUCUCUCAGCACGGGCAAAUACCGCUGAAAUUUCUUUUCACAGGAUUCAAGAUGCCCAAUAAUCUCUUCCUUCACAUUAUCAUCCAGAUUCUUGGAGAGGAGCUGGAAUAGUCUCACUGGCAAGUUCAGUACAGUACAUUUUUGAAAACCCGACUGUACAAACCCUACAUACGUUUUGUCAAAGAAUGUAUUUAUCUUCUUCAUGAUAUCUUUACCAUUUGUAGAAGUCACAAGUCCACUAAACACUGGAACUCUUCUUUGAUGUCAUCUGAAUGAAUAUAAUAUUUCGCAGUUGGGAACUUAUAUUCUUUGAUCUUGCAGAUAAAUGAAUGUUAAAAACUUGCAUGUAAAAUUUUAGUAAAAAAAAUUACUAGUCAAAAUAACGUCGAGACAAAAUACUUUGGGACCCACUUGAGGGGGUCGCGCUUCACAGAUUGGGAACCACUACUGUAGGGUGAUCUUUAAAAAUAAAUAUACUCGUUUGUUUUUUGAGAAAAUUUAAAUUUUAAGAGCUCAAAUAGGGCAUCAUUUAAUUUAUAUCAUGAUUCUUCAUAUCACCUUGUAUAAUAUAUUUUAUAAUACGCUAAAUUGGUGAUAACAUAAUUUUGGUUCCACUGACAAUUACAAUGACAUAAUUUUUGAGGGCGUUAUGUUCGUUUUGUUUACCUAAAUUAUAUUGUUUUUGAACUUAUAUAAAUAUAUUCCUAGAGUAAGUAUAUGAAAUGCAAGAAGUACAAAAUCAUGUAGGAACCAAUUAGCCAGUAAUUACCCACAAAUAGUCGGCAUUCGCUCGGCCUAACACCGAUAUGUACGGGAAGCCGAGUAGGGGAGGUCCGCCAACUUGUAGAGAGUGUCAUUGAUAUAGAAAUGCAAGUAUUACCACUUUUACCUAAAAAGUUUUGUACAAUUCAAGAAAAAAAUUAUCGAAAGAAAAAUUGUUUUUUGGUCACUGUACCAACUAGUAUGAUACAGUGGAAAAAUUUUAAAGGUACAGUGGACAAACAACAACUUCUCCGAAAAAUAUUUUUUAUUGGGUCAAAACAAAACAGAAACAUAGAAUUCAUGAAGCAGAUCAUAAAUUCCGUCUAAUAUAGAUUGUAAUUAGUCAGGUCCGUGGAAAAGUGAUGGUACCGUUAAACUCUUGCGGUGCCUCCCGUCGAUACCGGAAUUGGUAAUGACAUCACGAUAUCUUCUGGUGGGACAGUUGACUGAUCUGGGACAUCAGGAAAAGAAAACUUGUUUUCUCGUCUUUUUCUUAGAAAGCUGACACUAUAUUCUUUAAACCUGUUAUCUAUGGCCGUAACUUGGCCCACACAAUAUUUAACUUGUUUUUUGUAGCAAAUUUUACUAAGAUAAAGCUUCCAACCAAAAUUUCACCAUCGCAAUUCUGAUUUCUAGGUUCUUCAGUACAAUUAAUAUCGUCAGAGUCCGUAAGAUUCAAGUUUUCGGUAUUAGAUACUGUAUCGCUACUAUCGUCAUUCCUUGGAACUAAUGUUUUUGUAUUGGCCGUCUCUGUAUUAAAGCUGAAAAUGUUUCUUGUAGUUGACUUGCUUUUGUUUAAAUUUUGUUUCCUGGAUUCCUUUAAGUGCUAAUGGAUUUCAUUCAAUAUCGGAGUGCUGGUCAAUAUUUCCGUAGUUUUUUUUGUCUUUUUUAUCCCAUUUUUUUAAUCUGAUUAGUUUUUGGGUAUGGCCUUAAGGCCUCGGGACUAAAAACUUUUUGGUUCUGAAAAUCUCUACAGCUUGGGCCCACUUCUUAUAGUAGGCUAUUUUGUUUUUGUGGUAUAACUUUGGCAGUGUCUUGCUUUGAAAAGGUAGCUUUCCAGUUAAAAAUUCAUAACACAGAACACCUACACACCAAUUACUCUUUGCCUUCAAUCAUUUCUGGAGGUAAAUAGUAUAAAGUACCACAAAAAGUAUCUCGUGACGAAUUGCGGCUGCUUUUACAGAAAGACCAUGUUCCUUUAUACUACAAAGAGCAUUUCUCAUGGUCUCUGGAGGAAUUUUUCCAAUUCAACCAGGUCUUUUCGUCUUCGGCCGUGGCAUUUUUUCUUUCUGAAAUAAAAAAAAAAAAAAACAUAUCGGGAACAGUGGUCACUACUUCUAUUCUUUAAAAGCAGUGGCCACUGUUGCCAAUCAGUUUGUGACAGAGAGAGAAGAAAAUACACUUUACCUAACCACAAAAAAAAAUUUGCACUUUAGCGUCAUCAUACGCUUUAUCUAAGUCAAGAUAAACAUAGGGAAUACAAAUAACAGUAGUGUACUUACCAAUAACGGAUAUAUACACCGAAAAACCAGCGAAAUAUGUAACUUUUUACGUUAGAAAUACGCAUAAACUAAGCGCUGCUGCGAAUGGCGAUAUACCUAAUGAAAAUCCGGUUGAAAUAUUCAAAACAAGUCAUGAUUUUAACCCCGCAUACGAGGGGGCGCUACUACUAGACAUCACAUUGCAAUAAUAUCAACGGGUGGCCACUGUACUUGGUAUGGCCACUGUUGGCGGACGUCCCCUACUCGGAUUGCCCUUGUCGGGGUUUCUUCUGAGCCGAGAAGACCGUAUCAUUUAACGUAAUUUAGAAGUAGAAACCGCAUAUGGUCCAUAUUUGGCUUUCUAGACAUGGGAGCCGAACGCGGUGAAUAUUUGGCUAGCUGGGCAUGGGAGACAUAUUUACGGGUCGAAUUAUAUAUAGAUAUAUGAACGUGGCUACAAUUUAGUGGGCUGUCGACAUUCGGAUGGGCGGACAUGCCCUACCUAUAUGCCGAAGCUACACCCGUAUAUCGGGCCGAGUCCGACAUCCGGCAAGCCUCCUUCGGCCCAGUUACGGUGCCGAUUAACUGUGUUCAUUCUGUAGAUACCUUCAAACUACUUUUUAUGACCUGCAAAUAAUAUUAAAUAAAAACAUUAAAAACGUAUAUAUAUGUCAAAUAUUGUUAGAAGUAUUAUAUGUUUAUAACUGUCACUGGAACCAAAAUUACCUCACACUUUUAUGGCGUAUAAAAAUAUAAAAUAUAAAAACAGUGAAAUAUGUCAAUUUUUAUGCAUUUAAAUAAAACCUGAACAGCACUAUAGUGCCAUAUUGUCAAAUAUUAAUGCUAGUCAAAGUUGUCGAAAAAUAACGUUGCUGUCAAUUUGUAAGUAAUUAGUUAUAAAUAAAUUUAAAAAAAAAAUCCACGAAAAGACUACGUUUACACAAAAGAAUAUAUUUAAAUUUGAGUUAACGAUUGAUAGCUUCAGGUGAGAGAAUUAUUCAAAGUCAAUAUCGCGAAUUAUAUCAGGCAGCUCUUCCAAAAAAAACGUAAUAAAAUUUGCGAUUUGUAACUACACUGCUCAAAACAUGACAAAUGUGGUUAAUUGCUGUCUCUGCUAUUAACUUCUUUUAUUUCUCUGAAUUUCUUUGCUUUGAUUGCCAAGUUGUCUGUAUUUCCUAAUAUCUGGUUGUUUUUUUAUAUUGCUUUCUUCCGGAGUUUAAUAACUCUUAAUAUUUUCUAAUUAAACCCACUUAGUAUAUCCCCAUUAUUAGCUCUAUAAUAUAUUCACUACGCUCCAAUUUCAUUUGUUGUUUUUUUUAACUUUUCUAUUAUUUAUUUCUAUUUCAACUCUUAUGGAUUCCUCCAUUGCAUCGCCAUUCUAGGAUAAUGCUUUUAAUAGCGCCCCCAAGACGUCAUGAAAAUUUUAUUUUUAUGACAUUUGUUUUGACCAGUGUAUUUUCGAAAAGAUCCAUUGAUUUCUGAAUGAGUUCUAAAUAAAGAAAUAAAUUUUUUUAACUAUUUUUCUAUGUUAUAGAUUAUUAUUUGUUGGCUCAAAAUUAUACAUUUAUACUCAAUAAAUAUUUAUUAUUGUGUAAUAUUUUCUAUUGUAAACGUAGUUAUGUUGGUAUUAGUAUCUAAUAUAUUUUUGCUAGUUCAAAUUUCAACUAGGGUUUUUUGAACGAUAUCUGCUAUAAAAUACUGAACUAGUCAUUUCAUAUUUAGCCAAAGACAUUUUGCCAAAUUAUAUUGUAAACUAGUCAACUUCUUAGAGAGAAAAAAAACAUUUAUUUACAUUAUUAUAUUAUUAAACUUUUAUGUAUAAAUACAUUUGUAAAUAUACUUACGAAAUA